GACAGAGAAAAAAAAAAUGGCAGGCGAAAAUCUGAAAGUGCUGAACGCACUUGACGUGGCGAAAACGCAAUGGUACCAUUUCACGGCGAUCAUUAUCGCCGGAAUGGGCUUCUUCACCGACGCCUACGAUCUCUUUUGCAUUUCACUCGUCACCAAAAUGCUCGGCCGAAUCUACUACCACGUCGACGGUUCCCCGAAACCCGGCAGCCUCCCGCCCAACGUCUCUGCCGCCGUCAACGGUGUGGCACUAUGCGGGACCCUCGCCGGUCAGCUCUUCUUCGGAUGGCUUGGUGACAAGAUGGGCCGGAAAAAAGUUUACGGCCUAACCCUAAUGGUCAUGUGCCUCUGCUCGAUCGCAUCGGGGCUUUCGUUCGGUAGGGACGCCAAAGCGGUCAUGACAACCCUAUGCUUCUUCCGCUUCUGGCUAGGGUUCGGCAUCGGGGGCGACUACCCCCUCUCCGCCACCAUCAUGUCCGAGUACGCCAAUAAAAAGACCCGCGGUGCGUUCGUAGCCGCCGUGUUCGCCAUGCAGGGCUUCGGGAUCCUCGCUGGAGGCAUAUUCGCGAUGCUUAUGUCGGCCGGGUUCCAGGUGUGGUUUAAGGCGCCGGCGUACGAGGUGGACCCCAUCGCCUCCACGGCCCCGCAGGCCGACUACCUCUGGAGGAUCGUCCUGAUGGUCGGGGCCCUCCCGGCACUCCUGACGUUCUACUGGAGGCUGAAGAUGCCGGAGACCGCCCGCUACACCGCCCUCGUGGCCAAGAACGCCAAGCAGGCGGCCUCCGACAUGUCCAAGGUCCUCCAGACGGACAUCGAGGCGGACCACCCGCCGAAGCCAGCGGCGGACCCCGCGUUAGCGGCGGCAGACAAAAACUCGUACGGCCUCUUUUCGAACGAAUUCCUCCACCGCCACGGGCUCCACCUGCUCGGGACCGCGAGCACGUGGUUCCUACUCGACAUCGCCUUCUACAGCCAGAACCUUUUCCAGAAGGACAUCUUCUCCGCGAUUGGGUGGAUCCCUCCCGCGAAGACCAUGAACGCGAUCCAGGAGGUGUACACCAUUGCCCGGGCGCAAACCCUGAUCGCGCUCUGCAGUACCGUCCCGGGAUACUGGUUCACGGUGGCUCUCAUAGACGUGAUCGGUAGAUUCGCCAUCCAGAUCAUGGGGUUCUUCUUCAUGACCGUAUUCAUGUUCGCGCUCGCGAUCCCGUACCAUCAUUGGACCAAUCCAGAAAACCGGAUCGGGUUUGUGGUGAUGUACUCGUUGACCUUCUUCUUCGCCAACUUCGGACCCAACGCCACCACGUUUGUAGUCCCCGCAGAGAUUUUCCCGGCGAGGCUGAGGUCGACUUGCCAUGGUAUAUCGGCGGCUUCUGGAAAGCUCGGGGCGAUGGUCGGGGCGUUCGGGUUCCUGUACUUGGCACAGAACAAAGACCCGAAAAAGACUGAUGCAGGUUAUCCAGCUGGCAUCGGGGUGAAGAAUUCGCUCAUCGUAUUGGGGUUCGUAAAUCUUGCCGGGUUAUUGUUCACUUUCUUGGUGCCUGAAGCAAAGGGGAAAUCUCUCGAAGAUAUGUCCGGAGAAAACGAGGAGGAAGCACCUGCUUCGUAAACAUAAUCGUGAAAACACGAUAACGGAAUUUUUCUUUUCUAAUUAGAGACACUGUUUUUCUUUUAAUUGGCUUAUUGUUUAUGUUUUCUGCUGGUACCUACAUCUUUUAUUUUUGUCAGUUUGGUUGAGUAAAAAGGAUAGUGUUUUCGAU